AUGUCCCGUCUCCUUGGCCUCUCCCGAGGCAGAAAACCUGCCCUCCUCUGCUUCUGCUUCUCAUCAUCUCAAAGCCGUACCGUGAUGAUGGGCGCCGCAGCACCCAAGAAAGAAGGCGACAUCUCCUCCAUCUUCGUCUCCCUUUCUGGCACCGCCCGCGAAGCACUCCCGGACCGCUUCCGUGCGUUGAAGAAGGACCUGGUUGCGGGCCACGAGGAAGCCGUCGUCGCGUCUUGGGGCCGGCUUCUGCGUGCCUUGCGGGAGGAAAACGAGGUGGUCCGGGAAAGGGGGCCUGCCAUCAUCCCGAGUGUCGAGUUCAAGGACUUGGAGGGCGACGUAGAGAGACUAAAGGGCGAGAUUCGCAAGCGGGGUGCCGCUGUUGUGCGUGGUGUCGUUGAUGAGAAGGAGGCCAGGGGGUAUAAAGAAGAGGUUGAGGAAUAUGUGAGGAAGAACCCGUCAACAAAAGCUUUCCCAGCGGAUAACCCCCAAGUCUACGAGAUGUACUGGUCCCUCCCGCAGCUUAAAGCCCGCUCCCACCCCAACAUGCUCAAAGUCCAGUCGAUCCUCAUGCGCUCCCUCUGGAACAAGUCCCCCUCGGCCGCCAUCUCCCUCCAGCCCCUGACGUACGCCGACCGCCUUCGCAUCCGCCAGCCCGGCGACGCGACGUUCGCCCUCGGCCCACAUAUUGACGGCGGGUCCGUAGAGAGGUGGGAGCGCGAAGGGUAUGGCAAGACCGGCACCUACGACGCCGUCUUCCGGGGCGACUGGGAGGGGUACGACCCGUGGGACGUCAGCGCCCGCGUCGAGGCCGUGCAGGAUUUGUACAACGGCGCCGGCGCCUGCAGCAUGUUCCGCAUGUUCCAGGGGUGGCUGAGCUUGAGCUCCUGCGGCCCGGGGGAGGGGACCUUGUUGGUGAACCCGCUCGUGCAGCUCUCGACUGCCUAUUUCCUCCUGCGACCCUUUUUCCAGCCGCUGAAGGAGGUCUCUGCGAGUGAGGACGGCGCAGGAGGGGAGGAGUUCUUGCGAGAGGAAAACUGGGCGUUUACGGGUGGCGAGGCGAUGAGGAGCGAGUUGCAAGGUGCGACGCCGGGACACGGACAGGAGCUUAGUGAGGCCCUGCAUCCGCACUUGCAGCUUGGCGCGACCAUGGUUCACGUUCCGCGGAUCAAGCCGGGCGACUUUGUCGUGUGGCACGCGGAUCAGAUCCACGCGGUCGACAAGGUCCACCAGGGCCGAGGGGAUUCGAGCGUCAUAUAUAUACCCGUGUGUCCGGUGACGGAUCUGAAUGUCGCUUACUUGGCGAGGCAGAGAGAUGCGUUCCUCGAGGGCCUGCCCGGGCCGGAUUUCCCUGGUGGAAAGGGGGAGAGCGAGCACGUUGGCAGGCCUGGGGAAGAUGCUAUUCGGGGGGUGGAGGCGAGGCGGGCGAUGGGGCUUGAGAAGCUGGUUGGCGCUGGGGAUGGGCCUGGAGAGAGGGAUCUGAUUGGGAGGGCGAACAAAGUCCUGUUUUUCUGA